AUGGUUCGAGGUGCAAUUGGACAUAUGGAGAAACCUUUCAGGAUAUCAUUGGAAUAUGUAGCAGAGGAGAAAGGAACAUUGGCUGCUGUGGACUCCUUCGCUAUAAAAAACUGCAGUCAAGGAAGCUCUCCUGGACUGAAAAUGAUGCUGGAGGGUUCAUUUAACUGCAGACGUGGAGGGGCAAUCAAAUUGAGACAAGUGUGCAAUUUCAUGCAAGACUGCGAGGGAGAGGAAGAUGAAGGGGAUCUGUGCAGAAAUUUACCAAUUGGAUUUUAUUGCCUGUUUGAAGAUGGUAAUUGUGGAUGGACUUUAGAUGCGCUAACUCCUGCAUGGCAGAUAGGGACUCUAAAAAAUAUAAAAGGGAAGAAGCAAGGAACUAUUCGUGAAAGAAUGGCUAACCAUCGAGCCUCAAUCAGAUUGGCCGUAAAGAAAGGGAAAUCUGACCAGCCAGUGGCACGGCACUGGCUAGUGACAAAACAUCCAGCUGCUGCCAUCAAAAUUAUUCUCAUCGACCAUAUUCCCAAAUCACCUAGAGGCUCUGUGCUGUAUUUGAACACCAGUAACUCUCCAGCUGCUAGAAAUAACGUAAUCUCCAGCACUCUGUAUCCUGCUCCCCUGAAGAACUCCUCUUGCCAGCUCCGAAUGUCAUUUCUCCUGGAAGGAUUCCUGCUUGGAAACAUCUCUGUUAUGCUUGUGGAUAAUAAAACUGGUAAAGCGAAAAGCAGGAAGUUAUGGCACUUUGCCAAUGGGGAAGGACUGGGAGUCUGGCAGUCUCUUGUGCUCUCCCUUCAAGGAGUCAUGGAGAGGUUUUGGCUUGAAAUUCACACUUCGUGGGCCAAAGAAUCAGAUUCUGUUAUUGUAUUUGACAAUAUAUCCCUGAGCUUGGGCUGCUACCUAACAAGUAACGGAGAGCUGUCUCUACUAGCUUCAUCCUACCUUUCAAGCAACCUUCUGAUGGAGAGCAGCAGCCAGAAAAAGAACGAUACUACGUUGGGACAGCAAGAGUUAGAGCAAAUCCCCAGUAUACAUAUGUAUACUCCAGGAUACUGGCUAUUCACAACAUGCGGGGCGAGUGGACCUUAUGGGCCAAGUCAGAAGCUUUGUGACGAAACCUAUGAAAAGUAUAAUUUUAGUGUUGGAGUAGGAACAGAUGCACUGAAGGGGGUGCAGAUUUGGAGGGUGCCAGAGACAAAUACAUACAGAAUUUCAGGUUAUGGAGCGGCUGGGGGGAAAGGAGGGAAGACCUCUUCUAGGGCACAUGGAACUUCAAUACUGGGAAUAUUUGAGCUUCAAAAGAAUGAUGUCUUAUACAUAUUGGUUGGGCAACAAGGAGAAGACGCCUGCCCUCAAACAAAGCAACUUCUGCAGGAAGUUUGCAACGGAGAAAAUAAUAAGAUAGAAGAAGAAAUCCGAAUUAACGGGACUGUAAACGAAUGGGCGGGAGGAGGAGGAGGUGGCGGAGGUGCAACGUAUGUGUAUAAGAUAGAGAACGGAAAACCAGUCCCCUUGCUGGUAGCUGCUGGAGGUGGCGGCAGAGCUUACAGAGCCAAGGCAAAUAUAGUCCAAUUAGAGAGACUAGAGAAGGACUAUGGUAUUCCUGGUCUGAAUGGGAAAUCAGGGUCUGCAGGUGGUGGAGGUGGCUGGAAUGGUUUCACAAGCUUACCCUGGGCAGGAAAGUCUUUUCUAGAAGGUGCCACUGGAGGAGAACCUUGUCCUCAGGCCGUAAAGAAAUGGGGGUGGGAGACAAGAGGAGGAUUUGGCGGUGGAGGUGGAGGCUGCUCCUCUGGGGGCGGAGGUGGAGGUUACAUAGGAGGCAACGCUGCAGAAGAUAACAAUGCAGAAAUUGAUGGAUUAGAUGGUGUAUCGUUUAUUAGCCCACACGGUAUUUUAUAUACACCUCCUUUAAAAGUGACAGAAAGUCAUGGAGAGGUGGAGAUUAAGUUUCACCUUAAUUGCAGUCAUUGUGAGAUGGACGAGUGUCACAUAGACCCAGAAACACAAGAUAUAAUUUGCCAGUGCGAGCCGGGGACCGUCCUGGCGGACGAUGGCGUAUUUUGCAUUGUUAGUCCAACUCAGGAGACGCACGUGCCUCUCUCCCUUGUGUUGUCUAUUGUGACGUCUGCACUUGUGGCUGUGUUAAUUCUCGCCUUUUCAGGUAUCAUGAUAGUGUAUCGCCGGAAGCACCAGGAGUUACAAGCCAUCCAGAUAGAACUGCAGAGCCCUGACUACAAAUUAAGCAAGGUGCGCACUUCCACCAUCAUGACCGACUACAACCCCAACUACUGCUUCGCCGGGAAGGUCACCUCCAUCGGUGAUCUUAAAGAAGUGCCCAGGAAAAAUAUCUCACUAAUAAGAGGUUUGGGCCAUGGUGCAUUUGGAGAGGUCUAUGAAGGUCAAGUGCUGGCCAGCCCCAAUGACCCUGCACCCUUAAAGGUCGCUGUAAAGACAUUGCCAGAGGUUUGUUCUGAACAAGAUGAGCUUGACUUUCUCAUGGAAGCACUUAUUAUAAGUAAGUUCAGCCACCAGAACAUAGUGCGUUGCAUCGGUGUGAGUCUGCAGGCCCUGCCACGUUUUAUUCUGCUGGAGCUCAUGGCUGGUGGUGAUCUGAAGUCAUUCCUUAGACAAACGCGCCCAAGACUGAACCAGCCUUCCUCCCUCAGCAUGCUAGACUUGCUUAAUGUUGCUCGUGACAUCGCCCAUGGCUGUCAGUAUUUAGAGGAAAACCAUUUUAUUCACAGGGACAUUGCUGCAAGGAACUGUCUGCUAACAUGUCAGGGGCCUGGACGAGUUGCAAAGAUAGGAGAUUUCGGGAUGGCUCGUGAUAUAUACAGGGCCAGCUACUACAGAAAAGGGGGCUGUGCGAUGCUGCCUGUGAAAUGGAUGCCCCCGGAGGCCUUUAUGGAAGGAAUCUUUACAUCAAAGACAGACACAUGGUCAUUUGGAGUCCUGCUGUGGGAGAUUUUCUCAUUGGGAUACAUGCCUUACCCCAGUAAGAGUAAUCAAGAGGUCCUGGAAUUCGUAACAAGUGGAGGAAGAAUGGAUCCACCUAAAAACUGCCCUGGGCCUGUGUAUCGUAUCAUGACCCAGUGUUGGCAGCACCAGCCUGAAGACAGACCAAAUUUUGCAAUUAUACUGGAACGAAUUGACUAUUGCACUCAGGAUCCUGAUGUGAUCAAUACGUCUUUGCCUGUGGAAUACGGACCAGUAAUUGAUGAGGAGGAGAAGGUUCCCAUGCGUCCAGAAGACCCUGAUGUAAUUCCACCACUGCUAAUUACACCUGAGAAGAUAGUUAAGGAUGUAAAAAUGCAGCUACAAUCUCCUCCUCCUGUGCCACCCAGCAGAAGUGGAAAACCUCCCAAUCAAAUGCACACUGAACCAGUGAGACAAAUAGAUGCCAAACCAGCAACAGAUGGUGGCCGUGAUAACCUGAUUUUUGCUCAAUCCAAUCAACCCUCGGAGCUACUCAACAGUAGAAGCUCUAAGAACAAACCUACUAACCUCUGGAAUCCUACGUAUGGUUCUUGGUUUUCAGGAAAAAAUGUAACAAGGAAUAGUGUACCACAAGACAAUCCAGCACCUUUGGGAGAUAAAUCAGGAAUGAUGAAUGAGGAGAACUCUACACCUGCCCCCAGGAUUACAACUGGUAGACUUCCAGGCUCAUCAGUUCUACUGGAGCCAUCUACACUGACUUCAAAUAUUCAGGAAGUGCCUCUGUUUAGGCUUCGCCAAUUCCCAUGUGGUAAUGUUAACUACGGUUAUCAGCAGCAGGGCCUACCUGUGGAAGCACCGGUGGUGCCGUGCCCAGUUAAACACAAAGACUUGGUUCCUAGGAGCAAGGGCAUUGCAACCCAGGAGCAUCUUUAG